AUUUCUGCUUCCCCCGGAAGAGAGGGAGACGGGAGGAACGGGCCUGGUGCUUGACAUCAGCCUCUGCAAGCAAGCGACCAGAGCCAUGAGCAGCACCGCCGCUUGCCUGCGCUGUUAUAAAGAGCUGCCCGUGUGGAUAGUCGAGGAUCAUCACGAUGUGGUGCCUUGCAUCUAUCGAGCAAUUGGUUCAAAGCAUUUGCCAAUUGAAAAUAUUACCCUGGUUCACUUGGAUUCGCACCCAGACCUCCUGAUUCCAAUCGACAUGUUAGCUGACAGUGUGUUUGAUAAAGAGAUACUUUUUGGAGACUUGAGCAUUGAGAAUUGGAUCAUGCCUAUAGUUUAUGCUGGACACUUCUCGCAUGUAUUUUGGCUUCACCCAUUCUGGGCUGAGCAAAUCACUGAGGGAAAACACAACUUCUUCGUCGGUAAAGAUCCCUCAACGAAAACAAUCAGGGUUACGAGUACGGAGAACUACUUCCUGAGUGAUGGGCUCUAUGUCUCGGAGGAGCUGCUGGAGAACAAGAAGGCCCUGGGUCUGCAGGUCAUCAGAGUAGGCUCAACAGAGUCAAACAGCAGAGCCUGGAGGAGGGAAACUGGAGAAUCGGUUGCCAAGAAACCAAAGCUGGACCAUUCAGCUAGAAAAGACUUAUGUGAUUCAGUCUGUCCCACAAGCUCCAGAGUGACUGCUCCACAGGUCAAAGACAAACUUAGCAAUCAUUGUACAGGAACAGGAUCAGCCACUGCCAUUGAGAGUGCUUUUUUGGAAGCUGGUCAGCCGUGUAAAGCAGCGCCAACCUGUAAGAUUGAACAGCAUCACCAGGAUGAAACGGUUAAGGAUCUGCUUCAUGUAUUGGAAAAACAGAAAGCCUACAUCCUAGAUAUUGACUUGGAUUUUUUUUCGGUUAAAAAUCCCUUUAAAGAAAUGUAUACAAAGGAUGAAUAUGAAAUUCUCAAGCAAUUGUAUAGUUUUACCACGCCUGAUUGGGAAGGGACAGAUGAGGAGGCCAUAAUUGAUUGUGUGGAAGCCCGGACGAGGCAACUGGAAGAUAUGGAAGCAGCAUUUGCAGAUUUGUGCGAUGACGACAGUGAAGAGAACAUAAAGAAGUGGUCAGCAAUCCCUGGAAUGGAAAAGCUUGGAGAGCUUGUGCUCAGCCUGAAGGAGAGAAUGGGAACACCUGACUAUGAAAUGGUUCACCAGGCAGGUCUGACCUGUGAUUACUCAGAGCUCCCGCAUCAUAUUAGCACGGAGGAAGAGAUAGAUAAUCUCAUGUCAUCUGUGAAACAGCUGCUUGAAACAUUACCAAAGCCAACUCUGAUAACAAUAGCACGGUCCAGCUUGGAUGAUUACUGCCCUUCUGAGCAGGUGGACUCCAUACAAGAGAGAAUGUUAAAAGUGCUGCAGACCAGCUAUGGGUCUUUAGAUGUUCACCUGGAGUACUGACUGUGUCCAGUUUCCCUGUGCUCUUGCUGGAAUCACCAGAACCAGAUUUCUGCUAAACUGAUGGAGCAAAAUAUUAUUUAAAGAAUAAAUCCUAAUUUUUUUACAAC